CACAGCGCGCUCAACGCCAAUCCAGCGCUCCACGAGGCCCUGCACGGUGUGCUGCGCCUGGUACGCCGUGCCCACGACGGCACGGCGUGCGUCGCCGACGUGGCGCUCGAGGGCCGUGUGCGUCUCGACGAGCGUCACGGGCGGUGCGGGCUGCGAGUAGAUGGGCAGCUGCGGAUCGGGAGCGAUGAGUGAGGCGCGGCGAUGCGAUGUCAGUGGAGAGGCGCACCUUGUGCACGUUCGGCGGCUGCUGCGACUGCGACUGCGACGCCGAGGCCUGGUCGUCGGCGUACACGGGCGCAAAGGCGCCGCUCGAGGCACCGGCAGCCGUGGCGGCGGCGGCGGCAGCGAAGAGCGGCACGGCGCGCGAACGGAGCUGCAGCAGCAUGCGUGUCAGCCAUGAGGAUGCGCAGCCUAGGCAGAGCACGCACGAGAGCAGACAUGGCGGGCACGGCGGAACGAGGAGGGAGGAGCCAAGUGGAGAGCGAGCUGCACGCCGCUGUCUAGACGCGGCCGCGCCGCUCGACCUUCCUGAGCGGCUGGGGCUCGGGCCUGCCCGGGCGCGCACACGUGACCUGCCGCCGCCGCGCACGAUGACGCGCCGGCGCGCUGCCUCCUCGACCUCAGAGGGCUCGACUUGUCCUCUCGCAGAUGUUGACGGGAUAAGAGGGUGACAGGGAGACACACAAGUUGACCUGUGAUGCAGCCCCGAGCCUUGCAGCGUGUUUUUCGGCCCUUCAGACAUGUGAGACGCGCUCUGGCCUGCACAGCUAGCGAAAGCCGCGCGGAGCCACGGCGGCCUCGUGCUCUCGAUUGCUGGUGCCGCCGCUGCUGCUGCGGACGCAGAGCUUGGGCGAGCAGAUGCAUCCUCAUGUGGCCGUGUGCUGCAGCCAGAAGAUCGAAAGUGACAUAUCGAGGUC